AUGCGGCCAGCUCCCAAUACAAUCGUGCGCCCUUACCGACUCGAUAAUGUCUGUCGCCAAUGCAUCCGUCAAGCCUCCAGCGCUCCGCAGGGUGGAAUUGUCCCGUUGCCGUUGAUGCUGCGCCGUGCCGCCUCGACGACAGCAGCCAAGGCGGCGCCCGCUGUUCGUCUUAGCGCGAGCUACUUCCUUUCCAACAGCGUCCUCGACCGCACCAAUGCCCGACCUCGGCCACUGGGCAGCCGGAGCUCCUCGGCUUCCGUUGCGCCCUCUUUCUCCUCUUCCCACGUGCGUUCCGAGCCGACGACCCCCAUCGACGUGAACCACGAACUCCCACACCGUCGCCGACAGGCCGCAAGACGCAAAGCCGCUGCCGUCGCCGCCACCGAAGGCUCCCCCGCGUCCCCCUCCUCCUCUCCCGACGUGCCUCUUCCUCAAGAUGCCUCCUCCGCUCUUACGACCGUCGCCGCCCGGCAGCCCGCCCACUCCGCACGGCGCAUCUUCUCGACUCUCCUCUCCCUUUCGAAGCCCCGACUCUCUGCCCUCGUGGUCCUGACGGCCAUGGCAUCCUAUGCCUUGUACCCCGUGCCUGGCUUCCUCACGCCUGCCAUUACCGAAUCGCCGUCGCUCAGCCCCUUGACGCUGCUCUUCUUGACCACCGGCACCGCCCUGUGCUCUGCUUCGGCCAACUCCCUCAACAUGCUCUACGAGCCCGCGACCGACGCCAAGAUGUCCCGCACACGGAACCGCCCGUUGGUCAGGGGACUGCUUACCAAGCGAGCCGCCGUCCUCUUCGCCCUCACCACGGCCCUGAGCGGCGUCGGCGCAUUGUACUUUGGCGUCAACCCUACUGUCGCCUUCCUCGGAGGCGCAAACAUUGUCAUAUACGCCGGCAUGUACACCCCCAUGAAGGCCUUCAGCGCCGCCAACACGUGGCUGGGCGCCGUGGUCGGCGGUAUCCCCCCCCUCAUGGGCUGGGCCGCCGCCGCGGGGGAGACCGCUUCGGGGGAUGGCUCUUGGCGCGAGCUACUCUUGGCCAGUGAUGGCAGCUCCAUCGGCGGCUGGCUCAUGGCCGGAUUGCUCUUUGCCUGGCAGUUCCCGCACUUCAUGGCGCUUUCGUGGCCCAUUAGGGAGGAGUACAAGGCGGCGGGGCUCCGCAUGCUUGCCUGGACCAACCCCGCGCGCAACGCGCGCGUGGCUCUCCGGUACAGUAUAGCUUUUGUCCCUCUGUGCGUGGCGCUCUGCGCUGCGGGCGUUACCGAGUGGAGCUUCGCCGUGACGAGCUUGCCGGUCAACGCUUGGUUGACGCGUGAAGCUGUGCGCUUCUGGAAAUACGAGGGCCACAAGGGCUCGGCGAGGGGCUUGUUCUGGGCCAGCGUCUGGCACCUGCCCGUCGUCAUGGUGCUGGCGCUACUGCAGAAAAAGGGCAUGUGGAGCCGUGUGUGGAACAGCAUAGUAGGCGAAGACGAAGACGAGUGGGAAGAUGAACUAGAUGAGAUGCCUGUCGCUGUGCCUACGCCGCGAGAUGGGUAG